AUGAAAUUAACAUCUGACAAGAAGACCAAGCGUCACAAACAUCGACAUUCGCCUUAUGGCAGUGAAUCAGCAGCAGUGUCUCUUACAAAUGACAACUCAGUAGAAAAUAAAAAGGGAAUCGAGAAUGAGGGCAAGGGGGUGCACAGGGAUGCGUCGCAUGAGAAGAUUAUAAAAUUGAAGAAGCAGACAGAAGAGGGGAUGAGCUCAUCUAGCAAAGAAGGAGGAAAAGGGAAAACAAAAAAGAAGAGAAAGAAUAAAGAGAAAAAGGAAGAUAAGGAAAAGGAAGAAAAGGAAGAAAAAAAAGUGGAAGCGCAGGGAAAGAAAGAGAAGGGAAAGGAAGAAGGAAGGAAGAGGAAGAAGGAAGAGGAUAAAGGGAAGGGAGAGGAUAAAGGGAAGGAAGAGGAUAAAGGGAAGGAAGGGGAUAAAGGGAAGGAAGGGGAUAAAGGGAAGGAAGAGGAUAAAGGGAAGGGAGAGAGAAGGAAAAGGAAAAAGGAAGAAGAGAAAAAAAGGGAAGAAAAGAGAAAGAAGGAAGGAAAGAGAAAGGAGGAAGACAAGAGGAAGAAAGAAAAAGACAAGGAAGUGGAGGCAGGAGGGAGAGGAAAAAAGGAAGAGAGAGAGAAGGGGGAGAAAAGGAAGAGAGAAAAAGAAGAAAAGGGAGUGAAAGAAGGGAGUGAAAAGAAGGAAUCAAAGGAAAAGAAAGUGAAAAUGAAAAGGAAAAGUGAGGAAAAGAAUACGGAUCUGAAUGAAGACAUAAAUGGGGAGAAGGAGAAAGGACAAGAACGUCAUAGGAAGAAACCAAGAGUUGAAUCGAAUAAAACUGAAGAUAACAGAGAAAAAAGGAAAGAGAGGGAACAUAGGAAAGAUAAAAGAGAUAAGAGAAACAAAAAGUACGAAGACAAAGCAAGCAAACUCGACAAAAGCAGUAAUAAAUCUGCCGUCGUAGAUGUGUCGGUUCCGGACAAUAAGGGUGCAGUUGCUCCUAAGAAUCAAACGCGUUCUUUAUCAACAGUGAUGUCACAUUCUACAAUCCUCACCUCACAUUGGCUUGACGCUCAGGUCUUGAAAGAGUUAGGUAUCGAGUACAAGAAGGGAGCCUACACAAAGAAAGAAGAUGCGCUUAUUCUAAAAGCUAUGAACGAAUAUAAGCAGCUUCACCGAUUAAGUGCCGAUGAGCUACAGGGACUAAUAUACGGAAAAAACAAAAGAGAACACAAAGACUUUUGGAAAUGCCUUGCCACUGCUCUUGGUAAUAGGCCUCUCAGGUCAGUCGCACUGCAUGUACAACGAAUGAACCAUCCAUACAGGAAGAUCACUGCCGAUACUAAUUGGACCCCUGAAGAAGACGAACAGCUGAAAAAACUAGUAAUCCAGUAUGGAAAAAAAUGGUCCGAGAUUGGACACCACUUAACGCGAACGGGCAGUCAAUGUCGUGAUAGAUGGCAGGAAUAUAUUAAAUGCGUGGAAUCUAAGAAAUCAGGCCUUUGGUCGGAGGAAGAGGGCGAUCGGUUGUUUACUAUUAUCUCGGAAAUGAUCCGUAAUGGCCAGUCGCCUGAACGGGAUAUUCAAUGGGAAGAUGUUAGUAGUAAGAUGGAUCACACCAGGAGUGCGGAUCAAUGUCGGAAGAAAUGGUUUCGUAAUUUAUAUUAUCGCCUUAAUCCCGGAGAAGAGAGAAAGUGGACAGCCUUCACCAGCUUUCAUUUGUUGAAAAAACUCGACCAGUUGAAAGAAGUUCAUGAAGAUAAGGAUGUUUUAUGGGAUAGUCUUCAGGACGACAGUAUUACCUGGACUGGGGUAAUAAUCCGUGAACAAUGGCAUAGAAUAAAGAGAACGGUCAAAGGUUGGCGAGACCUGACAUUUCGCGAAAUAAAUACUAGAGCUCUAAAACAUUAUUCCAAAUUGAUCUCUGCUGACGAAGAUGAACAGUCAAGAACGACUGGAGCGGAGUCUUCUGAUUAG